AUGGCAACAGGAAGCGCGGCAAAUGUGACUCGGAUAAUGUUGGCAGUGGACGUGUCAACUAUGGUUGGUUACCCUAUCGCUUGCAUAAGUAGCUUAGGAGCUUUUAAGUGGGCUAUUCAAAAGAUCGUUCGAUCGAACGUUUCUGAUUUCGAGCUUCUCCUCCUCCAUGUUCCAUCUGAUCAAGCUUUCUGUAAGCGCGUGAUUGUAUUAGGGUUUUCUAGACUAUGUGAUAAUGCUGUUCGUGUUUGUGGCGGCGACAUUGGCAAAAUAUAUACGUCUCCCGAGUGUUUCGAGACCAUGGAGUCCAGAGACCAUGCGAGAGGUCUUCAUUUGCUGGAAUACUUUGUCAAAAGGUGUAAAGAGAUUGGGGUUGCUUGCCAGGCCUGGAUCGUGACAGGCGAUCCGAAGACUGCUAUCUGUCUCGAAGCAAGGAGGAUCCAACCUGAUCUCCUUGUCAUGGGUAGUAGAGCACUCAGUCUUGUCUAUCUGUCUAUCGGUACAUCUGUGAGUGACUUUUGUUUGAAGCAUGCUGAGUGCCCCGUUGUACGCAUCAAGCGCAGACCAGAUGAAGCACCACUAAACCCUCUAUAUGACUGA